ACCUUUAUACUUUGUAAUCAAGUACUAUUACCUGAUACCGACAGUACAUAACGCAUCUCGUAUCCUGAUAUAAUUAUGUUUAUAUAGAUAUAGAUUUACUUUAGGACUUUAACACUUGUAUGUUAUUAGAAGUUUAUUGAUGUGCUCUAGGACCUUAACACUUGUUUGAUAUAAGAAGUACUUUGAAAUACCUUGAAACUUUAUAAGGGGUGAAUCAUGGUACAUGGUGGAGGGGCCUGUUCUGGAGGAGGAGGUGGCUACAGCUCAGGUGUUUUUAUGUCCACCAACAAUUACUCUCACUUUGGUAACGGCCGUGGACACAGGAAUGAAGAUUGCGAAAAGUGCAUGGGAGGUAUAUGUCGUUGUAUCGCAGUUUGUGUCUGCUGUGUGGGUCAAGGGUAUUUUAAGACAAUAUUGAUAUUCUGGACGUGGCUAGUAGUGUUGUCACUUAUCACGGGAUUGUCAGUGGGUCUCGGGAGAUUCGGUCCUACCGACAUCCAAGUCAGUCCUUCAGACAUGAUUCAAAUGAAAAGAGGGAUCGACCCGGUUCUGUGCGAGGGCGUAAACGUCCAAACCACCCUCCCUGUUAGUACAUACCUUCUCCCAUCAGCUCCAGUCGUUACGUCAGAGCGUGUGAACUAUUCCUUUAACGAAACAGCACUUAUCGCCCAUGACAGGUACGAGUACUGGGGUUUCUACCUAAUUGCUGGUUCUGAUGUGGACAUUAUAACCUGUUCACCCUUCUAUCGCACCCUUUAUAUAAUCAAAGGGGACGGACAGUUCAAUAAUUGGAAGAAUGACAAUACAGAUUCCGAUAAUAGUCAGGUGCAACACACAAUAGGCGGGUGUUCUUAUCCGCAAUACCACAACACAAGGAUUUCGUACCACAUCGGGAGCACGGAAGAGUAUUACUUUGUCGUUGCCAAUGAUGGGCACAGAACGGUGGAUGUCAAUAUUUUGUUCAAUCUUAGGCGUGCUGUGUAUGACUUGGGGGGUGAUAAGAACAUCGUUUGCAGCAACUCUACGUCAUGUAAGGUAAAUUUCGCGGGAACUGGCUCUAAUAGUGCCAUCGUAGUGUACGUACCACAUUCCGAAACAUUUGACUUUGUUAUCAAGACAGAUUGUUUAUCACGCGUUUCUGUUUUUAUUGCAAUAUUCCUGUUGAUUCCUUUUACGGUGGGCAGUCUCUUUACUGCUCACAUGCUGUACAAAAAACGUAAAGAAUCGAACACUACCUCUAUAGGGUCAGUGCAAAGGAGGGAACAACGGACAUUUACAUCCUAUCCACCCGAAUACCAGACAAUGCAACGCGAGGCGGAACCAAACGGGAAAUCGCCACCCCCUCCCUACGGUUGCCAUGACGAUGGGCUAGCUGUAAAACCUCCCACCUAUGAAGAGGCCGUCGGACGAAGUGGAAGAGUGUAGCAUAAGAAAUAUCUCCUGAGCAUCAUAAGAUGGCGGCGCUGGUAAAUGUGACACAGAUAGAGUUGGCCCCAGCCCACAUUGAACAGAUAUCCGGUAAAUGCAGGAUAUAUGUAAAAUAUUUAACUUUCCAAUGCCGCUAACUAAAGUAAAUGAAUGAGGCUGAGAAAACCCCGUUAAUAUAAUACAGUGUAUAUCAGAGACGUAUAAUAUGUAUUAUACGUCUCUGUGUAUAUUUAUUAUUCAUAAAUUGAAUUUGGAGUAUGAUUCGAACAUUUUGAAAGUUUUAGUCUUUGGAAAAUAGUCACUUUAAAGACAUCCUUAUAUCACAACUCAACAUAAAAUGAUUACACAAAGUUUGUACAAUUGUAUAUAGCAAACAUUAUUACUUUGAUACUUAUGUAUAUAUAUAUACUACUGUUUUAGUAUUGAACAUGUCUCUUAUGGCAUGUGUCUCCUGUUACAGGUACACGUAACUGUUACAAGGGGAGAAACAAUUUAUUGUAAUUGAGAAAAUUGUUUGUAUAAUUUUUCACAUGAAACACUGAAGACAAAAACGGGAAUUUAAGAUUUUAAUGAAAAACCGGUAACUAGUGAUGAAAUACACUAUUUAUAUUGUUGAUUGUUGUACCUCUUUUGAAUAUUGAUGUAAUAAUGUUUAAAUCAUCAAUUCGUAUUUAUUUAUUGUUGCUGCGGAUCAGCUCGUCACAUGAAAGGUGGUAUCACAAGUCAGAAUCGUGUGAGUGUGAGGAUACUUUGUCUGUGCUGGCCUCCAGGCUAUGUCUGAUCUGCUGGCCGUUGUUUGAAGCAACCCUUUUUUCGCAUUACAUUUACAGCAAUUGCUAAUCUUAUCGUAGCUAUUAUAAUUUGUAAUUAUCAUGAACAUAUGUUUAUACAUGAAUGCACUACAACACGUGUAUGUAAGGUGUUAUAAGCUUAUUUACAAAUUAAAAAAAUGAAUGAUUUUUAUGUGAUAUUUUAUAAGCUUAUUUACAAGUAAAAAAAUGAAUG